AUGGCUAUGAUCAGAAACAAUGCGGCUGCUAAAGAGUUGAUGAUCUCAUACACUGUUCAGGAGGAUUAUGAAAAGCUUCUGAGUAUUGUAAGAGAGACCAAAGUGAUAUUUAUGGAUGUAGAACGGCGGAGUUUGCGGAGAUGGAAUCCUAGAGUGCAUGUUUGUUUGAAAAAGAUUAACGAAUUAUAUUACGAAGCAGUUGACGUGUUAGACAAGUUGUCAUAUGAAUCCACCACGAGAAUUAUUCAAAUGAAGGAGGAGAAGGCGGAGAUGGAAAAGUACUACUAUUACUAUUGCAUGAUCAACAGAAAGGUAUGCAAUAUUACUAAUUCAUUGUCACUACUUUUAUUCCGUGGCGGCAGAAUGUCUCGUAAAAUCAAGAAUUUCCAACAUGUGCUAGAUGAGAUGAAACGGAAAUUGAAAAUGGAAUUCCCCGAUAUUGAUUAUUCCCAUGAGGUUCAAAUAAAUGAAAUAGGCGGAGGCCAAAGCCCAGUACUUAUAAAUACCGGUGAUAUUGAUUAUGCUUUCCAACAAUUAUAUAAUGGAAGGGAUGAAGUAGUAGUAGUUGGAAGCAAGGCGGAGGAGGACAAAAGAAAGAUAGUUAAUAUUAUUAUUAAUAAUCAACAACAAAUUCUCAUCUCUGUCCUCCCUAUACUAGGAUUGGAGAAUAUUGGCAAAAAAACACUAGCAAAGCUAGUCUUCGAUGAUGAGCCAAUUAAGUCGCAUUUUGAUCUCAGAUUUUGGGUUGAUAAUGUGCCGUUCUUGGACGUGAGAAAGAUUGUAACAGAAAUAGUUGAACAGUCUCUUAGAAGAAGUAUGGGUGUUGGUGAUUUACAGCACAUGUUAGAAGAGAUUUUGAGUGGGAAAAGGUUUUUACUUGUAUUGACUGACGUGUGGUUAUUGGGGGUAACAAAAAAAGAAGCUAAAGAAACAUGGGAUAAUUUAAAAACUUUGUUAAGAGUUGGCUCCAAAGGAAGCACAAUUAUUGUAACAACAGAUUAUCUACCAACUGCAAGAAUAAUGGGGACAAUUCCACCAUAUGAAGUAAGCAGACUAUCAAUAGAAGAAAGUUGGGCAUUGUUCAGGAGAAAUGUAUUUGGGAGAGGAAGUGCAGUACUAGAGACUCCAGAUCUAGUCAGAAUAGGAUUGGAAAUUGUUAAAGAAUGCCAAGGUUUUCCGUUCGCUUUAACAAUUCUAGGUGCCAUGAUGCGCUUCAAGAAAAAUAUACAAGACUGGACAACUAUCCUAAAUACUAUGAAAGCACUACCUAGCAAUGGCGAUUCAGUUAUUGAGUCUGCACCGAAGAUUUGUUAUAAUGACAUGGAGUCACCAUUGAAGCAAUGCUUUUCAUAUUGCUCAGUAUUUCCUAAGGAUUUUAUUAUUGAAAAGAAGAAAUUGAUUCAAUUAUGGAUGGCUCAAGGUUUCCUAGAACAAGAAGCAUCAUCAUCAUCAUUGUCCAUUAAUAAUAAUUGUGGUGGAGAUCAUGAUGAUGUAAUAUUAAUGGAGGAGGAGGAUAUAGGUAAUGCAUAUUUCAAAUCAUUGGUGCUUAGGUCCUUCCUUCGAGUUGUCAAAUUUGAUGAUAAUGGUGAACCAUUAGAAUGCACGAUGGAUGCCCCUUUACAUAAUUUUGCAUGGGUUACUCCAUCAAUUUCUAGUCGGUCCCUUCUUGAUGUUCCUGAUGAUAUUUUUUAUCAUGGCCCCUUUUCUAAGAGCCUACGUGUACUAGAACUCAAACACGUCAACAAAGAUGAGUUGCCAUCCUCAAUUGGAGAGUUAAUACACUUGAGGUAUCUUGAUCUUUCCCAUGGUCGGUUUAAAGCAUUACCUACUUCCAUUUCGAAACUCUACCAUUUGCAAACUCUAAAGCUAUUACAUUGUAGAUUUCUUCAAAGAUUUCCAAAAGGUUUAGGGCGACUACGUAACCUUAAAAUCUUGACAUCAUUUAAGGUGGGCAACAUGAAUGUAACCACCGGUGAUGAAGCUGGUAUUGAUGAACUAGGAUGUCUACUACAACUUGGAGGAAGUUUGAGUUUAAUUGGUCUCGACAAUGUGAAAAGUAGAGAAAAUGCUAAAGCAGCAAAUUUGAAGGAGAAAAGAAAACUCCAAGAGUUGACAUUAGAAUGGGAAGCAGAUUGGCAUGUUUGUACCAACGAGGAAAGCAGGAAACAAGACCAUAUAUUGGAGGAGCUCCAACCUCAUCAAAAUCUGUUUCUUCUGAGGAUAGUACGUUUCAGUGGCACCGAACUCCCUACUUGGUUGAAUAAUGGGAGUUCACAUCUCUCAAAUUUACAGGAACUCUCUAUUUACUCAUGUCACCAUGUGAAGUCUUUGGAUAUGACAGGCUUGAGAUCUCUUCGGAAAUUGAUGAUUUCAUAUUGUGAAAAUCUGGAGUAUGCAGGAGUUGAGGGUCUCAUGCACUUGGAGCUUUUGGAAUUCAAGGGAUGUGAUAAGCUGAAAUCUCUUGGAGUGAAGAAGGGCGCAAAUCAGGAAGAGCAUGAAGUGGGUUCCUUACGAGAUGAACACAUGCACAACAUACCCAAUCUUCGUAGUGCGAAGAUGCGGAUCGAAAGUUGUGAUCGUCUUACAACUUUACCAGAGAAGCUCUUGCAAUCACUGACGACACUGCAUAUAGAAAAUUGUGCAAAUCGAAUGGUUUUGACAACAGGCUUAGAAAACCUUUCGUUGCUUCAUCACUUGCAGAUAGAAAUUUGUCCAAAUCUAAAGAAAUUGCCAGAGGGCAUAGGACAUCUCUCAUCUCUUCAACACUUUACAAUUAGGGAAUGCCCUAAGCUUGAGUCUUUAUCAGAAGAGAUACAACACUGGAAAUCGCUGCAAAAACUGAGCAUAGUUGGUUGUGCAUAUCUAUGGGCUCUACCUAGGGGAAUUGCAAAACUUACAUCACUUAAAGAAUUGGAGAUCAAUGGAUGUGAUUCAUUGAUCUCUUUUCCUGACGAGAUGAAAGAAUUGACGUCGUUACAAAUGCUGAAGAUUGAACAAUGUUCAAAUUUGAGAGCUCUACCGGACGGCCUCGCCAACCUCUCGUUACUAGAGGUAUUGGAAAUUUCGAGUUGCAAUAGGUUGAAGUCUUUGCCUGGAGGGAUGCAACACUUAGCAUCACUAGAUACAUUGAAGAUAAAAGGUUGUGAUAAUCUGGAAAAUUUGCCAAAGGAAUUGGGGAAACCCUCAACCCUUCGUGUGUUGGCUAUAAUUGGUUGUCCUAAUCUAGAAGUUCUACCAGAGGGAUUGAGAAACCUCCAAAACCUCUGUUUGUUGGAAAUAACUGAUUGUUCUAAUCUAACCACUCUACCAGAUGGCUUGGGAGACCUCUCAUCACUUCGAUCUCUGUACAUCCAAAGAUGCCUUAAAUUGACGGCAUUCCCGGAAAAUUUGCAGCAAAUGACAUCCUUACAAGUACUUUGGUUGAUCGAGUGUCCGAAACUAAAAGAUUUGUCCACAAGGUUGGGAUUUCUCUCAGCACUUGAGAAGUUGACCAUCUGGGGAUGUCAUAACCUCAUCAAGCUUUUUCCUGGGGAGGACUUCUUGGGGAUUCAAGCCCUGAACUCAUUAAAAGAGCUGAUCAUUUCGAAUUGUUCAAAACUACAAACCCUUCCUUACGGAUUGGAGAAUCUCCCGUCACUUAGAGUGCUGGUUAUUUGGAAGUGCCCCGAAUUGGAGUCUUUCGAGAACGUGGUAACAGAACUGAAAGAAAGAAACUUAAGAAAACUAAACAUAAGAGACUGUCCUUACCUGGAGACCAUAAAUGAUGCGUCUUAA